AUGGAACUAGGCGAAUAUAAUUAUUCGCUGAUAUCGAGUCCUUAUGAUAGUUUUAUGCGAAAACAUCUUCAACAUUAUGGUUAUUUUUCUGGUCGAGGAGAAGUGAUAAAAAAAUAUGGUUUUUUUCCGUCAAAAUCUCAACUUAUUUCAUCAUCAAGUGAUUCGGAAUCAAGUAGUAGUGACGAAGAACAAGAAAUGUAUAGUCGUACAGGAUAUCGUUUAUCUAUUGAUCAACUUCAUAUAAGUUUCCCAACUGAAUAUAAAAGUAGAUCCAGUGUUCCGGAUACAAAAGUACCUAUUCGGCAAGCUCGUAUACCAUAUGGUUUAAAUUGUCGAAGUGGUCCAAAUGAUGAUUAUUCCUUUGAACCUCGAUGGCCUAUGGAAGUUGAAGUAUUAAAUGAACCACGCAUUAAACAUAUUAGUGUUUCGCCAACACAAGCUGAAUCUUUCUAUAAACCAACAACUAAUCAUGGACCAUUUAUACGUAGUUGUGAUGAAAAUAAUGGUCGUGUUGUUUUCAAUUAUAAUCCAGAAUCAUGUGGUUAUUUUAUUCGAUCUCGAAUUGGUGGUAAUAGAGAAGGUUGUCGACAAGCAGCUAUUGCACUUCGAAAUGAUGAAGAUACAACUGUUUUAUUUGAAUCACGCUUUGAAAGUGGAAAUUUAAUGAAAGCUGUUCAAGUAGGUGAAUUUGAAUAUGAACUUUAUCUUCGAUAUGAUCUUUACACGAAACGUAACACACAAUGGUUUUAUUUUCGUAUGCAAAAUAUUCGAGCUGAUAGACGAUAUCGGUUUACGAUUGUUAACUUUUUUAAACCUACAAGCUUGUAUAGUUAUGGAAUGAGACCUUUGCUGUACAGUGUUUUUGAUGCAGAAACUAAGGGUAUUGGUUGGCAACGAUGGGGUGAAGAAAUUGUCUACUAUAAAAAUAAUCUGCCUGCGCCUGACAAUUCCUCAUGUAAUAUGUAUUCUCUUACUUGGACAUGUAAAUUCACAAAUAAUAAUGAUACCUAUUACUUUGCUCAUUGUUAUCCAUAUACAUAUUCUGAUUUACAAGAUUAUCUUAAUGAAAUUCAAAGUGACCGUUUUAAAAGUCAAUAUUGUAAACAAAAAGUUCUUUGUCGAACAUUAGCUGGAAAUUUUAUUUAUUUACUUACAAUAACAAAUCCAGCAACUGUACAUGGAAAUAAUACAAGUACAUCGCCUGAAAAUCAAGUAAAAAAAGGUGUUGUUGUAAGUGCACGUGUUCAUCCAGGUGAAACAAAUGCAUCGUGGAUGAUGAAAGGUUUAUUAGAUUUUUUACUUGGUGAUUCCGCUGAUGCAAAAUUACUUCGAGAUAAUUUUAUUUUUAAAAUAGUUCCAAUGCUUAAUCCCGAUGGUGUUAUUGUUGGAAAUUAUCGUUGUUCAUUAUCAGGUCGAGAUUUAAAUCGAAAUUAUAAAACAAUACUUAAAGAUGCUUAUCCAUCUAUAUGGCAUACAAGAGAAAUGAUAAAAAGAUUUAUGAAUGAAACAGAACUUGUGCUUUAUUGUGAUUUUCAUGGUCAUUCGAGAAAACAAAAUGUUUUUGUUUAUGGUUGUGAAAAUAAACAUUUACCUGAUGAAAGAUUUAAAGAAAGAAUAUUUCCAGCAAUGUUAUCCAAAAAUGAUCCUGCAAAAUUUUCAUUUUAUUCAUGUAAAUUUAAAGUUCAAAAGCAUAAGGAAGGUACAGGACGAGUUGUCAUGUGGGCUAUGGGUAUUUUGAAUAGUUAUACAUUAGAGGCAACAUUUUGUGGAUCAACUCAACAGGAUCGAGCUGGUCAUCAUUUUACAAUAAAAGAUUUUGAAUCAAUUGGUUAUCAUUUUCUUGAUUCUUUACUUGAUUAUUGUGACCCAGAUCAUACAAAAGAACCAUAUCGUCAAAAUUUAUAUGAUGAAUUGUUAAAUGGUAAUCUAAUAACAGAUGAAGAUUUAAAAGAUUUUGAUACAUCAUAUGAUGAUUCAAAGCAUAAAAAUAAAACACGAAUUGAUAUAAAACAAGAACUAACAAUAUCUACUGAUUAUAAACAUUCAAAAGUUCGAACAGCAAAUAAAUUAAAUAUUUCUUGUAAUAUUAACAGUGCUCCGAAUAUGCACCGUUCAAAAUCACAAUUAGUUUUAACAACAAAACAAAAAGAAAUAAAUAUGAAUUCUUCUUGCCCUGUACCACCACGAAAUCGAAUAUUAGCUGAAAUUGAAGAUAAUUUACGACGUUCUAUACAAAUGAAACUUAUAUCACGUGGUGUUAAUCCAGCAUCAUUAGCAGAUAUUGAUCUUGAUCAAUUUUCAUCUGAUGAUGAUUCAAGUGAUGAUGUAGGAUCAGAUUCAUCAAUGGAUGAUGGUCUGCCAAAGCAUUUAGAAGCAAUUGCAGCAGCUAAAGCUCAAUUGAAAAAAACAAGAAAAAAAACGGUACCAACAAAACCAACUAGAGACACUAAAAGAAAAGAUGAAAUAGAUAAAGAAAAUCUUGAAAAAAACAAAACUGUUGGCUUAUCCUUAUCAAAAAUUCGUCAUUCUCAAUUUCCAACUAUUAGUAAUGAUAUGACUAAACCAAUAUCAUUAACAUCAGCACGUCGAUUAAAAGAUACCAAUAAUGAUCCAGGUCGAUAUGAAAGUUCAAAUAGUUUAAGUAAUCGUUCGAAUCGAUGGUCAACAUCAACAACACAAAUGACAAAUGGUCGUAUAACAACAGCUGAAGAAAAGGCACGACGAUCUCAGGCUGAAUAUUACAAACUUUUAACUCGUGAUGUGCCAUCUGAUGAUCGUGAAAAACAACAAAUACAGCAGCAAUUACAAACUUUAGAUGAUGAUAUCCUAAUAACAUCUACUUUUUUUCCAAGACAGCCAUCAUCAUCAGAGAAUUUACCUGAAGAAGACCUUCCAGUUGGUUAUUCUUCUGGUCCAUCAUGCCAAACAACAGAGGUUAAUGAACCUACAUUGACGAGUGAAUCUCGCGAUGUUUUUACAGCUACUUAUUUACUCCGAAGACUUAAUUGUCUUGAACGUGAAUCAGGAGCAAAUACAAAUGUUUUAUCAACAACUUAUCCAAUAUUAGCGUCAUCUUCACGUGUUGAGGAUGAUACAGCUGGUCAAUUAACAACUGAUAAUGAUACUGAUAUUGAUAUGAGUCGAACAAACAUACUGAAUUCAAAUGAAGAUGGACGACAAUCAACAAAUGCAUUCGUUACGAAUCGAGUUUCUGCUCAUUUAAAUGAACGAUUACUUGGCACACCUCGACCAUCAACUCGACCAAAAACAACAACAACAAAUGUUCUACAAAAUCGAACGGUUCUUGAUAUACGAUCUAUUCAACCACCUAUGCAAACAUCAAAUCUAAAACGUAUUGCCGAACAACAACAACAUCAAAGACAACGAGUAAUGAUGGUAUUUGGUAAGCAAAAUCCUAGUGAAAUUACUGAGAAAACAACUUCAAUAUCAUCACGUACAUUUCAUUUAUCAAUAAACGAACGAAGACCAGAUGAUUCAUCUCUAUAUUAUGAUAGUUCAUCAUCAGUAGUGUCAAGACUUUAUCCAAUUCAACAAGAUAAUAUAUCAAUGAAUAUAACUUCUCGUUUUGAUUCAACAUCAAUAAAUAGAUCACAGAUGAUCAAUAGAAUUAUAAAAUUUUCUAUAAUGAGCUCAUCAACACCAAAACCUGUUACACUUGAAGGCAGUUGUCAUUGUCAACGUGUAAAAUUUUCAGUCGAUUCAUAUACUCCUUAUCCGUAUAUGAUUUGUCAUUGUCUUGCAGAUACGAAAACAACUGGUGUAUUUAAUUGUAACAUUAUGGGUGAACAUUCAACAUUUAAAUUAAAACAAGGGCAAGAAUUUGUUAAAAUUUAUCAAGUUAAAUUAUCUGAAACUGAAAGUGGUAAAAAUGAAUCAUCAAGUACAAAAUUAAGUCCUCAUAAACGACAUUUUUGUUCGGAAUGUGGUUCAUAUCUUUGGGCUUAUCAUGAUGCAUAUCCACAAUGGAUUUAUCCAUUUGCAUCAUGUAUUGAUACACCAUUACCAAAACCUGAUGAAUAUUAUCAUAUAAUGACAGAUUUUAAACUUAAUCAUGUAGAAAUUCCAACUGGCAAAAAUAUUCAUACAUAUCCUCGUUAUCCAGAAGGAAGUAUUGAAGAAUGGCACAAAAAACAUGGCCUUUAUGGAACAUAUACAAUAGACAAAUAA